AAUUCUUACACGAGCUACUUCCUCUUUCCUUUUGGCCAUAGCUUACCUGAACGGGAAUUAGGUAACGAUGGCUCCUAGUCGGAAUGGAAUGAUCUUGAACCCUCACUUCCAUAAAGAUUGGCAGAAGAGGGUGCGAACCUGGUUCAAUCAGCCAGCCAGGAAGGUCCGCAGACGAAAGGCCCGUCAGGCCAAGGCCCGCCGCAUUGCACCACGUCCAGUAGCUGGCCCACUGCGACCUGCAGUCAGGUGUCCCACCAUCAGGUAUCACACCAAGGUGCGCGCUGGACGGGGAUUCACCCUGGAGGAGCUAAAGGCUGCUGGUAUCCACAAGAAGGUGGCCCGCACCAUUGGCAUCUCUGUUGACCCCCGCCGGCGAAACAGAUCCACAGAGUCCCUGCAGGCCAACGUGCAGAGGCUGAAGGAGUACCGCUCCAAGCUCAUCCUGUUCCCCAGGAAGGCUUCUGCCCCCAGGAAGGGAGACAGCUCUGCUGAGGAACUGAAGAUGGCAACACAGCUGUCAGGCCCUGUCAUGCCCAUCAAGAAUGUGCACAAGAAGGAGAAGGCUCGCGUGAUCUCGGAGGAUGAGAAGAACUUCAAGGCGUUCGCCAGCCUGCGCAUGGCUCGUGCCAAUGCCCGUCUCUUUGGCAUCCGCGCCAAGAGGGCCAAGGAGGCCGCAGAGCAGGAUGUAGAGAAGAAGAAGUGAAAACCGUUUGUAUGGAACUUUAGAAAAUAAAGACAUCGCUACAAA